UUCCUAGAUGAUUUGAAUGCAUCUCCACCACCUUGGGAAACAGCUGUGUUGUCAAGACAACAGGUAAACUCUGGCCUGAGUAGACAUGGCGGAGCUGCUGAAAAUAAAAAGUGAAGUUGAAGAGUUCCAAAAGGAAUUCUUCUACAGAAACAGCCAAGCUGAGGAGAACAGGCAGAAGGAAAACCAGGCCGCCACCCGGAUUCAGAGCUGGUUCAGAGCCUGCAAGGUGCGGGCUUACCUCAGCCAUCUGCACAAGAAGGCAAUCAUUAUACAGAAGAUAUGGCGGGGCUUCACAGCAAGGGCACGUUUCAGACAAAUGGUGAAGGCGGCAUAUUUUAUCAUGAAGAUGAAUUUCUACGAGGAGAUGGCGGUCAGGAUCCAGCGGAGAUGGAGAGGAUUCUUUGUGAGGAAGUAUAUUCAUAAUUUCUAUGCACGCAAGAGCUAUCUUGAAGGACUCUCCAGGAAAAAUGAACUUGUCAGGAGGGAGCUGGAUGAACUUGAGAAACUCCAGAAGAGAGAGAGAGACUGUCUGGAGAUGGUGAAAGAGCAGACAGCCAUGGUCUACCAAGCUCACCGGUUACACCACCUCCUCAGUACAAAGCAGUGCCCAGGGGUUUUCAACUCUCCAUUCAGGCCAGCCCCCCAUGAGAUGGAACAACUGCUGAGGCAGGUCAAGUACCAAGCCCCCACCAGGCUAGCCCCCAGGGGUAGGGCUUGUUUCUUGGUCAUGCCUGGCCCAACAGCCCCCAGUUUCCCUGGGACUCUUGGAUCCCCAUGGAUGAAAACAACUAGAACCUGCUACUCCUCAAGGCCCAUACUGCCCCCCAUUUCCAGCAAGAAACAGCAGGGUCUGUUCAGAGAGCCGGGCGAAGUGUGGGAGCAGCGAGUGCGUUGUCCUGACCUGACGUUGCGUCUGCAGACCUCUUAUGCAAACCUGGAGGAGGCCCAGAAUCAGCUACAACAACACGAGUCCAUAAGAUUCCACAGUGGCACACUAAGAACAAGAAGUAUGCUCCACCAUCUGAGCUACAGUAGCAGUUCCUUUACUCAGCCAGCCUAUGCCAAGAGCUUGAGAUAGUAGAUUACACACUGAUUCCAAGAGGAGCCGCUCAAGACACUGUUUGCCACCUACAACGUCUUUGAUAAGUUUCCUCGUCUGUACUCCAAGGCAGACAGCAUUGUGUGACACACCUCCUCCUCGCCUGAGAGAAUGAAGAGAAGUACAAAUAAAGAAAGAUUUAUUGUAUUUAUUAUAUUGUAUGCUAUGUGUAUGUAAUGUGUUCAUGUGAACCUUUACGUCCUUUGGGUCUUUAUGUUCAGUGUUUUCAGCCAAGUUAGGGUUCACCUCAUGUAGCCUUUUUCUCAAAGACAACACACAUUACAGUGUCCUGCUGUCUAAGAUGUAUUGUCCAGAAUGUGUGUGAAUCAGAGUCACUGAGUGGGAAUGUGCAACACAAGCAGGUCUGGUCACCCAUUCUAAGAGACAGCAUUUGUGCCUAUAGGCAGUGAUAGUGCCAGCAAUGGAAAAGAUAUGAAACAGUUCUCUCAUGUUAUUCACCAACAACUUCACGGUUAAAAAAUGAUUACUGGGGCCACUGCAUUUUAACAUACGCAUAUCACACCACAUUACAAUGCACAGAAUAGAGUCAGAUUGAAUUGCUGACUGCUUGUUGUGUCUUAGGUCUGUUGUAACUACGUGUUGAUUCUGUAUCGCAAACCAAAUUCAUGUCAGGAGAGAAACACCCAUGUCACAUUCAUUAUUUUUAAUAGCAGAAGUCCAGUGUCCUUUCCAGCAAUAAAAAGGUCAAAGACAUUAAAAAACAGCAUUGGUGAUUUCACAACCAUUAUUAAUUGAUUGUCAACACAGUGAACAAAAGUCAAAAAAAUAAUAUAUAAACAUUUUUAAAUUCUACGAUCACUUGGCCUCUGAUCCAUUCUGGAUGAGGAAGUCUAGUAUUUUUAUGGUAUGAUACAGGAUGCAAGGUUUUGUGUCAUUAUAUAUGUCACAUGAAUUUGAGAUCAUAUCAUGGCUAAAAAUGAUGAUACUGUGUAUUUUGACUAUUAUAAGUAAUGUACUGUAUGAUUGGAGCUACAUGCUAGAUUAUAAGGAUUGCCUGGUGAGGGUCAUUGAGGAUAUUUCUGAUCUUAUUUGGAGCCUUAACAUAUAGCAAACAGUAAUUAAGACAUUAGGUCAUUACUGAUGAAUCUUCCAUUUAUUUUCAUGAUCACUUGUUUGAUCUGUGAAAUGUAACCAUUUCUUACUUCGAGAGUACGCACACACAAGGUGCUGAUCAGUGUGAGCUUCAAUGCAAGUCCAUUAAAAUUAAAACAUGUCGCACAACUCUUCUCCAGUACACCUUUAUUCAUCAGGGUGGUGAAGGCAAAGUAGCUGAAACCGUUGGUGAAUAAAGCAUGGUGUACUGGAGUAGUGUUGUGCUACGUGUUUUAAUUUUAAUGGUCUAUGAAAUGUCCCAGAGCCCAUGGUGACCUCUUCGAAUUUCUUGUUUUGUCUGACCAACUGUCCUAAACCAAACCAAAUCACAGAAUACUAAGAAACCCAUUAAAUAUUCCCAUUUGAUAAACUGGAACCAGUGACUUUUUUUAAACAGUUGAAUUUCAGUUAAUCAACUAAUUGUUUCAGCUCUAAGAAAAUACCUUAACAAUAUCUUCCACAAAUGUAUCAUCUUUCUUUAUUCUGACACCUUUUUGAGAGACUUUUGAAGCUGACUUAAAAUUAGAGUCUAAAUUAUUUAGACCAGCACUGAACUGAACUGGGAAGUGAAGACUUCACCUGACACCUCCUCCUUUGAGGCCCUGAGGCAGAACUUCCUCACAUAGUUGUCUGUUUUGAUGGUGAAGAAAAAAGUGAGUCUCUGCUCUCAUCACUUUCUGUCACAGGUCACGAAAGUUUUAUCAUUAAAUCGACUUGUUAAUUCUCUAACACACACUUCCCCUGUUAAACCUUCCUUUUUUUUUCUCUGUCUCUUCACUCUUCUCUCCCUCUCCUCCAUGUUGCUGGCAUCCCCCCGGGCCUGUGCUAUAAGGCGUGCAAGAGGAGCAGAGACAGAGCAUUUAGUAAUGGCUUCUUAAUGGGCUUGUCGACAGCCACAUUAGAGCGCACAGGCAGCGGGCGAGGCCGGGCAACGAUAUGCCAAGCCAGAUGCCAUGCCAGCUGUGGCACUCCGCUCUCUCACUCACACUCUCAUUUGUAAUCACAUUUCUCACACGGAUGGACGGCAUGUGCGUAAAAGAGAGAAAGCAGACAGACAGGCAUUACCCCUCCCAUCUCCUGUCAGUAUAUUCUUUUCGUCUGCUCUGCUCUGUUCUUUCUAUCUGGUUCUGCUACACUCGGUUCUUUUAAUUCAUGGUCUUAGGCAGCAACAGAACUGUUUUAAUGUUUUUUACAGGGAUGAAGUGGUAUGAAAAGGCAUAAAUAAAUUGUCAUCAUAGUCAUCAACUCUGUAAUAACACACCUUCUCAGAUUUGAUCCAGAGCAUCACAUGUGGAGAGCCACACCGCCAAACUAAAAUGUUUAUUAAUGCAAUAAAUGUUUAAAACCUGA